CUCCUCCUUCACCAUCAUAAAUAAAGCAGCUUCCAGACUUGGUUUAGAUCAAAAAGUACUCUUGAAUAGCUUCUUGUAUAUCCUCUAUAUAUGCAGAUGAAAUGAAAACUGAAUUUUGUUUGGUAGGGAAGCACUACUAAAAAUUUACUAAUAUCAAUUAUCAAUAGCACUAGGGAGUAAAUAUUAAAUAAUAUAGACAUGACAAAUUGCUUUCCAUGUUGCUAUUUUUCUAUGCGAGAAAUUGAUGUGUUUGGUAGCUGGUUUUGUCAAAAACAUCAACCCGGGUCAUAGUUGACAUUUGACUCAUUAUUAUCAUGCUUUCAAAUCUUUGCAUUCAUGAAAUAUACUAUAGCUAAUUUCUUCUUCCAAUGAAAAAUGUUUCCAACAUGCAUAUCAAAUUUGUAACAUUCUAAAAUUUCAUUUCACAAAAGAUCCUAUUCUUUGGUCAAAACAUGGCAUAUUCAAUUGGAUUCAUUCUCUUUCUUGUUUUCUAUUUUGGUGUUAAAGUUUUUGUUCAUGCACAACAACAAACAGGAUUCAUAAGUAUUGAUUGUGGCGGUCCAACGAAUUUCGAGUACACAGAUGAUUCAACAAAAAUAAAAUACAGCUCAGAUGGAUCACACAUACAAACAGGACUUAACAGAAACAUUUCUUCUGUCUAUGCAUAUCCUAACAAUCCAAAUCUACCAUUACCACUCUCCGAUCUCAGAAGUUUUCCUGAUGGAAACCGAAACUGUUACCGAUUAAUCGCUGGAAGAAAAAACAGUUUACAUUUAAUAAGAGCAUCUUUCUUAUAUGGAAACUAUGACGGCGAAAACAAACUACCUGAAUUUGAUCUCUAUGUUGGUGUAAAUUUCUGGUCAUCAGUGAAAUUUAAGAAUGCUUCGGAACAAGUUACGUUGGAAAUACUCAACAGGGCAGAAUCAGAUGAAACAAAUGUUUGUCUUGUGAAUAAAGGAAAUGGAAUUCCUUUUAUCUCAUUAUUAGAACUUAGACCAAUUAUUGAUUCUAUUUAUAAAACUGAGUUUGGUGAUUUUGCUUCACUUUUACUUUUCAAAAGAUUUGAUAUUGGUUCAAUUAAUGGAAGUGGUAGAUAUGAAGAUGAUGUUUAUGAUAGAAUUUGGUUUCCUUUAAAUUCUUCUUCAUGGAAAUCUAUAAGCACUUUUUCACUAAUUGAUUUUACUGGUGGUAAUGGAUAUAAAGCACCAUUUGAAGUUAUUAGUAAUGCAGCUACACCAAAGAAUGAGAAUGAUAGUUUAGAAUUUUCUUGGAUUUCAGAUGAACCGAAUUCGAAAUUUUAUGUCUAUUUGUAUUUUGCUGAAGUGGAGAAACUUAACAAAACUCAACUGAGAAAAUUUAAUGUUUCUUGGAAUGGAUCUCCUUUGAUUGAAUCUUUUGUACCAAGUAACCUGCAUGCAACUACUGUUAUUAAUUCUAAGUCAUUGGUCGCAGACGAACAUCGAAUUUCGAUAGAUAGAACCAAAGAUUCGACGCUUCCGCCUAUUCUUAAUGCAGUGGAGAUUUAUGUAGUAAGACAACGUGACGCGGUUUCAACGUUUGAAGAAGAUGUUGAAGCUAUAAGUGAUGUAAAAGAAAGUUAUAGAAUACAAAGAAAUUGGGUUGGUGAUCCAUGUGAACCAAAAAACUACACUUGGGAGGGCUUAAAAUGCAACUACAGCACUUCACUUCCUCCAAGAAUUGUAUCAUUGAAUUUGAGCAGAAGCAGUCUGAGUGGAAUAAUAACUCCUGCCAUUUCCAAUUUGACUUUCUUGGAAUCUUUGGAUUUAUGUAACAAUAGCUUAACUGGAUCAAUGCCUCAAUUUUUGGAAGAAUUGAAGUCCCUUAAAUAUUUGAAUUUAAGAGGCAAUCAGCUUUCAGGUUUUGUCUCUACCAAUCUCCUAGAAAGAUCAAAGAAUGGAUUGCUUACUUUGAGGGUGGAUGAUAAAAAUCUCUCUGGUUCAAGUAAAAAAAAGAAGGUGAUUGCUCCCAUUGUUGCACCAAUAGCAUCAGUUUUAGUUCUAUUGAUCAUUGCAAUUCUCUAUUGGAAGCUUAGAAGAAGAAAUGCAACAUCAGAGGAGGAGAUGAAUAUGAUCAACAAAGGGUCAAGUACUGUAGUAUCAAAGAAGUUGCAGUACACUUAUGCUGAGGUGAUGGAAAUCACUAGCAACUUUGAAUUGGUCAUUGGUAGGGGAGGAUUUGGAAAUGUGUAUUGUGGUCAAAUGAAAGAUGGCAAUAAAGUUGCAGUCAAAAUGCUUUCUUCAUCUUCAACUCAGGGUCCAAAGGAAUUUCGAACUGAGGCUGAACUAUUGAUGACAGUUCAUCACAAAAAUUUGGUAUCCUUCAUUGGCUAUUGUGAUGAAGGUGAUAAGAUGGCACUCAUAUAUGAGCACAUGGCUAAUGGAAACCUAAAAGAAUGUCUCUCAGAAAAUCAUUCACAUUGCUUGAGUUGGGAAAGGAGACUUCAAAUAGCAAUUGAUGCUGCAGAAGGGUUGGACUACCUACACCAUGGAUGCAAGCCACCUAUAAUACACAGAGAUGUAAAAUCUGCCAACAUUCUUCUAAGUGAAGAUUUAGAAGCUAAGAUAGCAGAUUUUGGACUCUCUAAGGUGUUUAAGAAUAGUGAUAAACCAAAUGCAGAAUCUACAAUGAUUCUUGUUGAUGAUGGUAAUGAAAAAUCUGCAAUCAUGGGAACAAUGGGAUACCUUGAUCCAGAGUACUACAAAUUAAACAACUUGAAUGAAAAAAGUGACAUAUAUAGCUAUGGAGUUGUCCUAUUGGAAUUAAUCACAGGUCUCUCUGCAGUGAUUAAAGGAAAGCCAUCAAUACACAUACUUGAGUUUGUAAGACCACUACUUGAAAAAGGUGACUUGAAUACAAUUAUUGAUCCAAGACUCAAAGGAAAAUUUGAUGUAAAUUCAGGAUGGAAAGUUUUAGGAUUAGCAAUUUCAUGCACUGCAUCAACCUCAAUUCAAAGACCAACAAUGAGUGUUGUGUUAUCUGAGUUGAAACAAUGUGUUAAUUUGGAGUCUACAAGUGAAAGGGAAAUAUUUGUGCCACCAAGACAUAUCUAUAGUGAAUUUUAUAGUUCAUCUGAUGCAUUUAAAUCCAUAGAUAGUGAAUCUAUGACAUAUUCUUUCCCUAGGUAAUUAAUAUACUGUAUAUUGAGCCACUAUUAAGUAUAUUCAUUUCAAUUUGUAAAUUUUAAUCAAACCAUUUAAGAUUAUGAUAAAGAUACAAUUGGUUCCUAUAUAGCAUCAUUUUGCAUUAUUUUGAAUGAUAUAAUAGCAGCAUACAUCUUGACCAAAUAAUAGCAGCAUACAUUAUUUUGUCUUUUUUUUUUUUUUUUAAGAAACUAAAUUAAUCCACCCAAAUUGGCACCAAAGAGAAUCGAAUCUGAAACCUUAAGGAUGAGCACACUCACAGGUCCCGAGCCAAUACCAUUUGACCAACCCAAAUGAGUUUGUCUUAUGCUUAUUGUUUACAUCUUAUGUACUCUUUCCCUUAAAAGACAUUUAAUUAAUUGCAAAAAAAAAUAAAA